CCGUCUUGUAAUCAGUCUGUUAGAAGCUCUUGUACCACGUGGAUGUAAAAAUGGACCGAUUGACUCAAUUCGUCACUAAGACUUUCGAUAGCGGAGAGGAUGAGAAGAGCAAUGAAGAAUCACCAGAAAAUGGUUUAGAUUUAAGUAUUAAAAGUCGAGUUGAAGAUGAAAAGACUGUGACUGAUGAUUUAGAGGAAGGCGUCGACAAAGAUGGCGGAAGAAAAAUGGGAGACGACGAACUGCAGAACAAAAGUAAACAGAGAAGAACAAGGACAAAUUUUACGUUAGAGCAACUACACGAGUUGGAAAGGCUGUUUGAUGAGACUCAUUAUCCGGAUGCGUUUAUGAGAGAGGAGUUGAGCCAAAGACUAGGAUUGAGUGAAGCCAGAGUGCAAGUUUGGUUCCAAAACCGAAGAGCAAAAUGUCGCAAGCAAGAAAGUCAAAUCCAUAAAGGCCUACUUCUAGCUCCAACAAGCAAUCUAACAAGUCCACCUGUAGCGUCAUCUUUAGAAGGAAACCGCAUGACGCCGUAUGUCAACUUGCCGCCGCUAAGCGCAUCUCGCCUUCCUUUCUUUCCACCUUUACCAGAUCGAUUGUUCCCUCCUUCGCUCGAUUCAAUACCGUUGCAGCAUCCACUUCUCUUCUACCCUCACCUAACGCCACCUAGCGCAUAUGCUGCUCUCAAUUUAGCUUUACAGGCAUCCGUCGCCGAUUCAGCUUUAAAGCAAAGCCUAAAUAUGGAUGAUAUGAGACUGAAAGCCAAAAAACAGAUGACUACAGCCUCUCUGGGUCUGUAAACUAUUGAACAAGGUCCAUCUAUUUUAUGUGACAUACUGUAUAACUAAAUGCUGAAAAAAAAAUUAAUGUUAAUCAUUGCUUUUUACUUUUUUUCCUCGUCAUUGUUCAUAUACAAAAAAAAGUUGUAGUGCAAAUCUGCAUGCACAGUGCUUAUGUAUAUAAAACUGCAAUAUUUCGUUUUGGAGU